CCAUCCUCUCCGCCUUCACCCCCUCCCCGGCCGUGUGUCUCCUGAACGGCGGCGGCGCCCCCCCCCUUCCCCGCCGCAGCAGGGCGGUGAGCUCCGCGCUCCGCCCGCGGCCGCCCGGUCGGGGCUCGCCGAAGUCUUCCCCUAAAAAAAAAAAAAAAACAACUUGUCCCACCUAUAGGUCCAUCUUGUUUAGAAACAGUUUGCGCUAAGGUAAAUGCAGCGGGCAGAUUCCACUCGCCCCCCCGCAUGCCGUUAACCCCGGGGCGGGGAGGAAAAAAAAAUAAACCCACCCCGGCGGCGGCCGAUGCGGCGGCGCUCGGCGGCGGCGGGGCGGCGGCGGGCGGCCGCGGGCCGGGGGCUGCGCGGCGCGGCCGCCGUGAAUGUGCAGGCGGCGGAGGGCGGUUAGGCGUUCGCGGCGCUCGCAGCGGUGUAUUGUGGGAGGCCGCCGCCGCCAGCAGCGAGCACACACAAUAUGUGGUGGCUCGCGAAAACGGGAGGCAGGAGCCUGGCGGCCAGCCCGCGCCGGUAACCGGCCCCAUGUGAGACGGGAGCUCGCCUUUCGCCGCCCGGAGACGAUCGGCCGCCGAGCGCGAUGUCUUUCCGAGAGAUCAAGGCGGGGGAAAAAGCCAAGCACCCUGAAGAUCAUGGCAAAAAGCAGAGUUCAAGUUGGAUCAACGGAAUGGAGAACAGCACGCAAGCCAGCACUUCUGUCGAGAAAAGAAAUCACCAUUGGAGAAGUUACAAGUUGAUUAUUGACCCGGCUCUGAAAAAAGGACAGCACAAACUCUACCGUUACGAUGGGCAACAUUUCAGCAUGCCUAAUUCGGGAAUUGCUCCUGUGGAUUGUGUCAGGGAUCCCAGAAUAGGGCGAAUAUGGACCAAAACUAAGGAGUUGGAGCUGUCUGUCCCCAAAUUCAAGAUUGAUGAAUUUUAUGUGGGGCCAGUGCCUCCCAAGCAGGUCACCUUUGCCAAGCUGAAUGACAACAUCCGCGAAAACUUUUUGACCGACAUGUGCAAGAAAUACGGCGAAGUAGAAGAGGUGGAGAUUCUGUACAACCCUAAGAACAAGAAGCACCUGGGCAUCGCCAAAGUGAUCUUUGCCACUGUCAAGGGUGCCCGGGAGGCUGUCCAGCACCUUCACAACACCUCUGUCAUGGGCAACAUCAUCCAUGUGGAGCUGGAUACGAAAGGUGAAACCCGCAUGCGAUUCUAUGAACUACUCGUUAAUGGUCUUUACACUCCUCAGACCCUUCCUGUAGGCACUGAACAGGAUGUAUCGCCAACUGUGAAUGAAGCUCUCCAGUUGACAGAUUCCCUGAAGCGCCUGAAAGACAGUAACCUUUCUUCUGCCGGAUCAUCUGUUACCCCGAACAGUAGCACACCAUUUUCCCAUGACACAGCCUAUUCCAGCUGUCGGCAAGACACCCCAAACUCGUACAGCCAAUUUACCCCACAGUCCCAAGGAACACCACACACCCCACGGUUAGGGACACCGUUUUCCCAGGAUUCCACCUAUUCCAGUCGUCAGACAACACCUGUGUACCAUUUUGGGCAGGACAGUGGGUACAAACCCAGGAGACACGACACAAAAUUUACAGAUGCCUACAACCGUCGACCGGGACAUCACUAUGUUCAUAAUUCGGCAGGUGUUUACCGAGGGACGGAGCAUCAGUUUAGUACGUACAAAUCCCAUCAGCAGGAGCCAGUUCAGUUCUCUCACACUCCUCCCCUGAGCCACUCUAGUUCUUCGAGCUACAAAUCUGCCUUCUCUCCCUACCAAGCACCAGCUGUAUUUCCCCAAUCUGAUGAGCAGCAGUUUCCCCAAACUUCCAGGGAAACAGAGUACCGAAGACCCGCGCCACCUCCCACUGAGAUGGUUGUGGAAAGCAGCACUGCCACUAACAUGGAUUUUGUCCCAGUGAAGGAGAAACAGGAGGAGCUUCCGCCCUUGCCCGAUUCAAACUCUGUUCCUGAACCGAGUACAGCAUCCUUCUCUCAGACUCCAGAGAGAAGUGAGACCCCCGGCACCCCCACCAUGGAGUCAGAAAUGCAGCAUAACAGUUUAGACUCAAGGAUUGAGAUGCUCUUAAAAGAGCAGAGAACAAAGUUACCCUUUCUUAAUGAGCAUGACUCGGAUAAUGAGAUCCGAAUGGAAGGCAGCCCUAUCUCCUCCUCUUCUUCCCAGCUCUCUCCCAUCCCUAUGUACGGUUCAAACUCUCAGCCUGGUUACAGAGGUCAGACGCCUUCCUCGCGCCCUUCCAGCACAGGCUUGGAGGACAUUAGCCCAACACCGUUACCCGACUCUGAUGAUGAUGAGCCCAUCCCUGGGACGGCUUCUCUGAGUCAGAAUUCCCGGGGGACGUCGGAGGCCAGCAUGACUCCCAUUGAUCAGUUGAGCAGGACCUCCAAAACCGAGACGUCAGAGGCUAAAGAAAUGGUGCCUGGUGACCAGACUCCAACAUCAGAAAAAAUGGACGAGGGUCAGCAUUCUUCAGGGGAGGACAUGGAAAUCUCUGAUGACGAGACCAACCCUGCACCCAUCACUAGUGCGGAAUGUGCCAAAACCAUUGUGGUGAACUCCUCUGUCAGCAACACAGCUGUGAUGGCCCCAUCGAUUCCCCCCAUGCCACCACCAGGAUUCCCUCCUCUUCCUCCUCCGCCACCUCCACAGCCAGGCUUCCCAAUGCCUCCGCCGCUACCUCCGCCACCUCCGCCGACUCACCCUGCCGUCACUGUCCCCCCACCUCCGCUCCCUGCCCCUCCUGGGGUCCCUCCGCCUCAUAUCUUGCCUCCACUUCCUCCGUUCCAUCCUGGCAUGUUCCCUGUCAUGCAAGUGGAUAUGAUAAGUGUCUUGGGCAACCAGUGGGGUGGCAUGCCCAUGUCUUUCCAGAUGCAAACUCAGAUGCUGAGCCGCAUGAUGCAGGCACAAAACACAUACCAGUAUCCGCCUUUCAUGACGGGCCGGAUGCAGUUUGUGAAUCUUCCGCCCUACCGCCCUUUCUCAAUGGGAGCAGCUCUUGGUCGUGGACAACAGUGGCCACCACUGCCCAAAUUUGACCCCUCGGUUCCACCACCGGGUUACGAGCCGAAGAAGGAAGAUCCCCACAAAGCCACUGUGGAUGGAGUCCUCCUGGUCAUAGUGAAGGAACUAAAGGCUAUCAUGAAAAGGGACCUGAACCGGAAGAUGGUUGAAGUGGUAGCAUUUCGGGCAUUUGAUGACUGGUGGGACAAGAAGGAACGUCUGGCAAAGGCGUCUCUCACUCCAGUGAAGUCUGGAGGAGAACUGGAGGAAAAACCAAAGCCAAAAGAUCGAAUCACAUCUUGUCUUUUGGAGAACUGGAACAAAGGAGAAGGCCUGGGAUAUGAGGGAAUCGGCUUGGGCAUUGGGUUACGAGGGGCCAUCCGGUUGCCAUCCUUCAAGGUGAAAAGAAAGGAGCCACCUGAAGCUGCCUCAGCAGGAGAUCAGAAGAGAAUCCGGCCUUCUACUUCUGUGGAUGAUGAAGAUGAAGAGUCGGAGAGGGACAGGGAUGCUUCCGAUAUAACAUCUGACCUGUCAAAGAAGGAUGCAGAAGCAGUGGGGCUGAGGCGGCGACCAGCGAGGCCACUGGAGCUUGACAGUGAGGGAGAAGAGGGAGAUGAGACAUCAGGGAAAGAGGAAGAGUCCUCCUCAGAGAAGGAAGAGGAGCAGGAAGAAGGAGGAGGUUUGGUGAAAGCAGCACCGAGCAAGGAGGAAGAGGAAGACGAGGAGGAAGAUGAAGAUGAUGACGAGGAUGAAGAUGAGGAUGAAGAUGAUGAGGAUGAAGAUGAUGAGGAAGAGGAGACAGGCAUAGACACAAGUGACAAGGAGGAGGAGGAGCAGGACUCCGAGGAGGAUGUAGCAAGUCCCUCAUCUUCUAAGGCUGAAGUUGAAUCAUCUGAUGAAAGUGAGGACUCCUCUGAAUUCGAGUCGAGUUCAGACUCAGAUGAUGAAGAUGAGGAUGAUGAUGAUGAAGAUGAGGAGGAAGAGGAGGAGGGGAUGGCUGAAGAUCAAGACAGAGAAACCAUGGUUGCUGAGACAGAGCACGAACCUGCUGGUCAUGAGCUUCCUGAUGAUGAGAGGGAGACUAUUUUGGAGCUGUAUCCUGUGGAGGACUACAUGGAUGCAACGGGCUUGGGACUCGCAGAGCAAACUUUGGCAGUGAAAGAUGAAGGCAUGGAAGAAAUCAAGGCAGGGGAAGGUGAAUGUGGUGAAGUCCCAGAGGCAUCUAUUGCUGCUGAAACACUGAAACACUUGGUUAUGGAGAGAGACCAGGAGACAAAGCUUGCACUGUCUCCCAUCUGUAGACCAGAGGAAGAGUCCGAACCCACUACCAUGCUGGAGCCAGAAAUACAGGAAGGUCCAAAGCCUGAAUCUCAAGAUGAGGAGGAGGCGCUCUGUCUCUCAACUCCAGUGGGAGUCUUUGGAGAACCUCUGCCCAAUAAAAGCAGCUUCUUUAGCAAGUCUGAUGACAGCAGCUUAGAAGUUCGUGUUAAAACAAAACUGCCCUCGGCAGCAGAGGAGGAUGACCGGCUGCCUCGCACGCCUGGACGGGAGGUGAUGAUCCAUUCAGAGACUGAUACUCUUUUGCUUCCAGCCCACAAGGUGCCAUCCUCCAUGAUUCCAUUACCAUCGACUCCUGGUAAAGAAGAAUCUUUAGUCCCUCCAGAAAAGUUCCCUGAACAAUUAAUGGUGACCAAAACGUCUGUGGAAGAGGAGAUUCCUCGGACUCCUGGGCGGGACAUUUUGGCCAAGCAUUCACACCCCCUUGCGAAGUCACAGAGUACGGACACUGUUCCAGCCACACCAGGAAGUGAUGCUCCCCUUACGGGAAGCAGCUUGACCCUUAGUUCCCCUCAAGUCCCAGGGAGCCCCUUUUCCUACCCAUCCCAAUCUCCUGGCAUUAACAGUGGCAUUCCUCGGACUCCUGGGAGAGAUUUCAAUUUCACGCCUACUUUCCCAGAGGCUGGUGCUACCAUUCCUUGCCUUCUGUCUGGCAAGAAACAGUCAGAGGAUGAGCUAGACGAGAAACCCUUUAAAGAGCCUCUUGGUGCUUCCCUUACAAUCAGCAUGAACAGUGUUCCUUCCCCUAUCCCUUUUGCCAGCCCCCCACAAGCAGAUUUCCACACAGACAUGGGUUUGCCACCUGAUGAACCAAUACCUGUAGCAGCCCUGCCAUGCAUGCACGGAGAUGGAAGAAUGCCCGUUGAGGAAUGUAAGGCAGAUGUAAAAUCUGUUUUGCUCUCUCCAGAAGUACCCACUGGUGCUUCUAUUCUUCCCCCACCACCACCACCGUCUGUUCUUCCCAAAAGGAGGCCAGGUCGACCAAAACGGUCACCACCUUCUGUCCUCUCGUUGGAUAUGUACUCGGGCAAAACCGUAGAACCUUCUCCUGUGCCAGUGGCCUUGGUGGAAAGUGCUGUGGGCAAAGAGCUGUUGAGUGGACAUCCUGAUGCUUUCUAUGGACUGAAAGACCCAGAAGCUGUCACCCUGGACUUCAGGAAUGAUGGUUUCCACGAGAAAAUAGCAGCUGAGACAGUUGCAGAGAAACUGCCAUUUAAGGAACUGGAGAACCAGUGGAAUGAAGACUUUAAGGAAGACGAAGCUCAUGUAAAACCUAAAAGACAGUGGCGAAGACAGAAGAAGACACCUGAGGACCUCCCAGUGAUUCCUUCCCCUGAGUAUUCCCCACCCCGGCCUCAGUUCAGGCCACGCUCUGAGUUUGAGGAGAUGACCAUUUUGUAUGAUAUUUGGAACGGAGGCAUAGAUGAGGAAGAUAUCAAAUUCAUGUGUAUCACAUAUGACCGCUUGUUACAGCAGGACAAUGGUAUGGACUGGCUGAAUGACACCCUGUGGGUAUUCCAUCCUUCUACUAGCUUUUCUACCCCCAAGAAAAAGAAGCGGGAUGAUGGGAUGCGGGAGCAUGUGACGGGCUGUGCACGAAGUGAAGGCUAUUACAAAAUUGAUAAGAAGGACAAACUUAAAUACCUCAACAAUAGCCGAGCUUUUGCGGAGGAGCCUCCAGCUGACACGCAGGGUAUGAGCAUCCCUGCCCAACCUCAUGCUUCCACCCGGGCUGGCUCCGAGAGGCGGUCAGAGCAACGCAGGCUCCUCUCCUCCUUCACUGGUAGCUGUGACAGUGACCUGCUCAAGUUCAACCAGCUCAAGUUCCGGAAGAAAAAACUAAAAUUCUGCAAGAGCCACAUUCAUGACUGGGGCCUUUUUGCUAUGGAGCCUAUUGCAGCUGAUGAGAUGGUGAUUGAAUACGUGGGUCAGAACAUCAGGCAGGUCAUUGCUGAUAUGCGUGAAAAGCGAUAUGAGGAUGAAGGCAUCGGAAGCAGUUACAUGUUCAGAGUUGAUCAUGACACCAUCAUUGAUGCCACAAAAUGCGGGAACUUCGCCAGGUUUAUUAAUCACAGCUGCAAUCCAAAUUGUUAUGCUAAAGUGAUCACGGUGGAGUCUCAAAAGAAGAUUGUCAUCUACUCCAAACAGCACAUCAAUGUGAAUGAGGAAAUUACCUAUGACUACAAGUUUCCAAUUGAGGAUGUAAAAAUCCCAUGUCUAUGUGGCUCUGAGAACUGCAGGGGAACCCUGAACUGAACUCGAGGUUUCUCGUCACACUUGCACCUUCGGCCAUGUCAAAACUGUGGUAACCAGGUGUGGUUGCACUUUGCCAAAAAAAAGAGGAGGAAAAAAAAAAAGGAAAAAAAGGAAGAAAAAAAUUUUAAAAGGAAAAAAAAAAAAAAGGAAAAAAAAGAGAAGAAAAAACCAAGGAAGUUUCGCACAUCUGCCAGGAUCACGAAUGGAAGCAAAAAGCGCACAUGCCUACGAGGACUGUUCAUGUUUCAGGUGCUCUUUCCUUUUCAGAUCCAACACGCACACAAAAAGGUGACUACCGUUUUGUGGCAUGGUCUAUCCAAACACUAGCUUCUCUGUUCAGUCCCUACAUUAAUGCUCCAUAAUGGGAUAAUGGUACCUUUUUUUAAAUUGUUGUUAUAAACCUUCAUCUUUUCAUAAAUGCUGCUACCUUUUUCUCAUCAGUUUUGUUGGUUGAAAAAGACAUUCAACGUUUAAAUGUGAAGCAGAGACUGAAAACGCCAUAUAGGGUUUGUUGGGAGCUUGAUUGGCUGAAAUUGCACAGAUUUCUCAAAGCUGUAAAUAAAUGUAAGGUUGAUGUUACAGAGCAAGCCAGAGGCUUGAGGGUGUGCGAAUGGGUGUGUGUGCGUGCGUGGGUGCGUGUAUGUAUGGAGAUGUUUCCGCAAUGAGACUAUAGGUGAACUGUCCGGCCUUUUUGUUAGGGAUGAGCCUGAACAAGUCCCCUAAGCCAGACACCCCGGGGAAGAGUCAGGUCAGCCGCAGACCUCAGCUUAGCACCUAGGGCUCGUCUCUAAUUUUCAUAUGCAGUGCUGGUUUAUUGGGGAAUCAAAACCCCUGCACCCAUACAUGAAAAAUAUUUGGAUACUGCAAUCACCAGUAAGAAGUCGAGUCAGUUUAGUAGCUGUAGCAUUGUGGCAUGGCGUGUGGCCUUUGGGGAUGCCUGUUUCUUGGAGGUCAGUUUGUCUUGCAUGCAAAAAAGGCUGAGGCUGAAAUUAAGUGAACAAUUCAGUCCGUGUUUACGCUGUAAAAAUCUUACCCUCCUUGUAAGCAUACACUACGGCCCAAGUUUAUAACAGGAUUUUCUUCCUCUAGAUGGGAAGCAGGCUGAUGUGUGUCUCAUGAAUUUUUCCCAUUUUCAUCUGCAUUUCCCUGCCCUUGUGGCGUUUUACAUGGAGUAUUUGCUCUGUCCUUGAAUGUGGGAGAUGCCUCCUAUGAUAGGAGUGAGCUGUGCCAUGCUGCUUUCCUCCCUCUGUUACUGAGUAACUUGGAUUGAGGUGGUUCCAUCCCUCCAGUAAGAACAUGGUAAAAGUGUCGCUGAGAGCAGGCUGCAGGAGCAAUCCUGUCCUCCCCCAUCUACAGCAUGAAAAUGAAUGCUUCUUUAAAUUUGGAAGGCAUAUUUUGAAGUGAUUUUUUGAUACAUUUGUCCUUGUAGAUGUGUUGAGGUGAAGGUUGCAGUUGUUUGAGAGGUUCCAUUUUCAAAUGGGGCAAAACACCAAAGAAAUACUUCUUUGGAUGUGAUCUGGAAACGUUACAUGACUGUUCAGGUGUAGACAGGAUCAGUUUUUCAACUUACAUUGAAUUUCUCCUGCUUUAAAAGUAGAGAUUAGUUGUGGUAAAACCUUUUUGAUUGGCUUAUAAGGGGAAGUUGCAAUGUCAUUAUGAAAUGGGAAGAUUAUCUGCAAAGCUAAAUGUCUUCUCCCCACAGAACAAAUUGCACAGCUGUGUUCUUCUGUAGCUUUUUAAAAUUAGCGAUAAUUGCUGUAUGACCACAGCUCCACGAACAGAGGUUGCAACCUUGCAAAAGGGUUUCCUGGAAGUUUUUUUCAGCUGUUAAGUGGAAUUGCCAGGCCUGCACUGCAGAGCGGAGCUUGUAAUUUAGGUUAGACAUCUACAUCUACAAAUUUCUCCUUCGGACAAAAGGCCUGAAAGAACAGGAACAAGCAGACAGCUACAAGCUGCCUUAAUACCACCUGUAUUUCUGUCUGAGGGCAAGGAAAUUGUUGCUGAGAUUGGACAGUCCGUAGUCUCAUCUCUGUUUUUGUUUUGGUUUUGUUGUGUCCCGUCCCCCCCCAUGUCCCCCCCCAAAAUCUCUCCAGCAAUUGGGUAAUGGUGACCCAGGACGUAAAAUUAUGAGAAGCACAACUGGUUUCUGUCGUUGAACGUUGGUUGUAACUGCAGCGAUGGCAGGAGCAUUUGGGAGUUAAAACAGCUGCUCAAUUUUUUUUUUU